AUGCUCGUCUCCGCUGCUCCUCCCCACGGAAUAUUCGUCCCCGUCCCGACUUUUUUUGCGAGAAGGGACUCGAAGAAUUAUGAUCCCGUCGUUCCACCGCUCGAUACGGACACGCAGGUCGCGCACUCCCUCUUUCUGGCCAGAGCGGGAAUCAAGGGCCUCGUGCUUCUCGGAUCCACCGGCGAGGCGGUGCACGUCACUCGCAGCGAACGCAAGAUCAUGAUCAAAGCGGUAAGAGAAGGGCUGGCGGAAGGCGGAUUCCCGGAUUACCCAUUGAUCGCGGGCACUGCGACGAAUAGUAUCGCCGAGACGGUCGAGCUAUUGGUCGAGAGUAAAGAGGCCGGUGCGGAUUGGGGUAUGGUGCUGGCACCGGGUUACUUCGCCACCGCUGCGAAUCAGGAGGGUAUAACCAAGUGGUACCAGGCGGUGGCGGAUAGAAGCCCAAUUCCCAUUCUAAUAUAUCACUAUCCCGGCGUAUCGAACAACAUCAAGAUCACACCUUCGACCAUCCGUACGCUCGCCGCACAUCCCAACAUCGUCGGUGCCAAGUUCUCCCACGGCGAUGUGUCGGUGCACACACAGGUUUCGCUUGACCCGGAGAUCGACCACAGCCGGUUCGCGCUAUUCUCGGGGCUGGGACAGCACCUGUUCUCGGUUGUCCAGAUGGGGUGUGCCGGUGCUAUCGACGGACUGGCGGCGUUCUUCCCGGCGAGUGUGGUGCGGUUGUUUGACUUGGCCACAGCGGACACGGUAACGAAAGUGGAGAAGGAUGAGGCGAGGAGGCUUCAGUGGGCUGUGUCGAGUGCUGAGGAGUUGGUGGUGAAGUUUGGGACCGUCGGAAUCAAGGAGGCGGUGUCCAGGGUGGCCGGAUUCGGUGAUAGGGACGGGACGAGGUUGCCGUUGAGCGGAGGACUUCCGGGAGGCGAGAAGGAGUGGCAGGAUUGGACUGCAGCCAUAGCUGAGAUGGAGAAAGUCGAGAAGGCCGUAAAGGCUGGAGGAAAGUUGGGGAAUAGCCAUUGAUGUUGGGGAAAAUGAAAAUGAAAUGGGAAAUGAAACGCGCAAUCAAAGCAACG